UCCUGAAAAAAAAAAACUAAUAGUUCAACAUUUCUACAAGAACUGAACUUUUUCAUCUUCACUCCUCUACAAAAAAAUUCAAAAACCCCAAAUUCCAAGAUCCAAGAACCAUUUUCAGUCUCCAUUCUUCAUCUAUGUAUUCUCUUAUCCUUAAAAUUUCAGUUUAUAUCUUUCAUUUGUAGUACAUUUUCUUGUAUAUAUUCUUUUUUUUCAGUAUUGGGUAUGUUGAACUGGAUGUUUAUUACAUAUUGAAGCAAAUUUGAUGCCUUUUUUCUUUUGGAUGAAGUGGGGUAGUCAUAUAUGUAUGUUGAGUUGUGGGGUUUGCUUUAUAUGAACCAUAUACAAAUAUAUAAUGUUGACUUGUAUUUGUUUUUGUCAACUCUGUUUGUGAUGCCUUGUGUUCUUGUUUUGGUGAAAGGAUAAUGCUAAAGAAUGAUGGGUUUGGUAGUAUAAGUUCAUUUAUGAUCAAUAGGGGGUUAGAGUAAUUUGUAUUGUGUUUUGACCCUGCAUAAUCAUGUGUAUUUACUUGUAUUAGUCUAUUUUCUUUGAAGAUUUUGGUGCUUUUAAUCAUUUUUUGUGUCGUCUGGAGGGGGAGGGGAGAUGGUGAACUAGGAAACUUUACCUAGAAUGGGGUACUUCAAACCUGGUUGAAUCAUUUUCGUGAAAAAUUCUGAUACUUGAGAAGCCCCCUAGGCUUUGGUCAAGAGGUAAGAGCACGACUUAUGAUGUGUGAGUGAGGUUCACUUUGUGGCUAACAGAAUGGUGUUUAAGUGGAGAAGGACAAAAGGGCGGGCAGAUUAUCUAUUGAGUUUUGAACGAUGCACCAUUGGCCGUUGGGGAUUUCUUGAUUAUAAGAAUUAAAAGUAGGAUAAAAAUUCUACUUGAGAACGAGUUACAAAACCACCCCUGCUACAAAACUUGCACCAGCUUACAUAUAAAUUGGACCGCAUUGUAGAAUUUGUAACGAAUGAGAUUUCUUGGAGGUAAAUUUGAUUGUGGACGCUUGCAAGUUGAACUGAUGAAUUACCCAUCAAAGUCUUAACUUGUUUGUGUAGAAGAAAUGAAUUUCAUGUUUUUUUUCAACUUAAUUUGUAUCGGUUUCAAACUAAAUUUAACAUUUAGAUAUAAGAUAUUAAGUCUAUUCUUACAAUGACUGUCAGCUUAUCCUAAUCCUCUUCCUUUAUGCCAACUUGAGAUUUGAGAUGAGUAAUGCUUUUAAAGCUCACAGGUGCUUUCUUGAAAAACUACUGCUCUCACCAAGUAGCAUUAUGAAAGGCGAAUAGAGCUAACGUUUGUUGGUUUCUUUUAAGCAUAAAUCACAGGUUUUUUAAUGAAGAAAGGUACAAAUGAAGAAAAAGAUGCAAACGUGUAUUCGUUUUUCAAGAACAACAAUUAUAAGAACAAAGGUACAAGUUAUAAUAUCUGGCGCCUUGAUGACUGCACUGAAGUGCCUGCUAAGUGACACAAAACAUUCAGCCUGUUUUGCUCCUAGUUUAUGGGUUUAAACUCACAUUCAGUGAGUUGUUGAUGCAUUGUGCAACACGUUUAGUUCGGGUUUUUACAUCAUUUGACAAUGUGCUUUAUAAUUGAUCUUAAGCAUUCUUUGGGCUGACUGCUGACUGAAGGACUUAUAGCUUUUAAGGAAAUUUAUAUACGUAGAUCAUGUGCUGAUACCAUUUUCUUUAGCUCUUCUCCACUGCUGAUUAGUUUUGCAGUCAUCCUUUUCUACGUGAGCGUAUUAUCUUACCUACUAGUACGAGAAAUUGUUUGAUGCUGUACCAGUUCAACACUAUACAGACAAUGUAAGUAUUUACUUGUUAGUUUAUAGUUAACCAUGUGAGUGUUUGACUCAUUAAAGUUUCCCUAGACCAAAAGCCUUCUACUAUUGGGGAGAGCGAAUUGACUGGCUAUUUAUCCUACUUAAACAAUAAUCUUUAUUUGUCUAGUGUUUUACCAUUUUCCUUGCAGUGAUUUUGUUGUGAUCUUUGGAUAGUUAUUCAUGUUUUUUUUUUUGCAAAUGGUAAUGUUGGUUAUUCAUUGUUUAUUAGUACAGCUGGUUUUACAUCUCCUCUUCUUUGAUGCAGAUUGAUGAGUAUGAAUGUGGUCCUGUAGGUUGUCUUAAAGCUUUGCUUUAGUGCCAUACCCUCAGUUAGAAACAAUAUAUCUUUCUUACUUUGUAAUUAAGCCUGAUACGGAAUUUCAUUUACGUAGCCCUGUCCAUGGAUACUCCUUCACCAUUCUCCCCUCCCUUUCCACUCCCAAAUACUAGCUCAAAGUUUCAGUCUCUAAAUCUCCAGCGUUAUUUAGAGCAACCAAAAGCACAACAACAUCAGCUGCAGCCACAACAAGCUGCUGUUGAACAACAACUGCAUACCACGUUACUUUCAAUCAAGACUACGACUGUUUCGCUAUCGGCACUGAUCGCGGUUUUGGAGUAUACAACUGUCCCUUUCGGUGAGUCCUUUUGUCGAAACUUUGAAAAUAUACGUGGUAUUGGAAUUAUUGAAAUGCCCUUUCGGAGAAAUAUAUUAGCCUUUGUUGGACAUGGAGACCACCCAAAAUAUCCGCGAAACAAGGUCAUGAUCUGGGAUGAUCAGCAAAGCCGUUGCAUCCAUGAGCUCUGUUUCUGGUCGGAGGUGCGCCGCAUCAGGCUUCUGAAGGACUGCCUCGUGGUAGUUCUUGAGCAUAAGAUAUUUGUCUAGAAUUUUUCUAAUCUGGAGUUGUUAUUUCAUAUUGAAACAACUACAAACCCAAAGAGGAUCUAUGAGGUUUCACAAACUGCUGAUCAUCUUGUAUUGGUAUGCCCUGGUCUGCAGAAGGGUCAAGUUUGGGUCAAACAUAGUGCUUCGAAAAGCAUGAAAUCUAUUGUAGCAACAUGAAUUCAGUUCUUGCAUGUUAUGCUCUUACGAGGAAAGGCAACCUGCUAGCAACAGCAAGCACCAAGGGUACACUAAUCCGGAUUUUCAACACGCUAGAAGGUACAUUGUUGCAGGAGGUAAGGAAUUUGCGUCGUCAUUGUUUUAGUUCGAUCAUGUUUUGCAUACUCUUUUGUUACAUAACGUGAAGUAAUCGCAGCAUCUCUGUUACUCAUAGUUGUUCUUCCAACUACCGUGUUCCUGUGGCAGCCUCUAGUUCAUUCUCCUUCAUCAGAGGUAUCUCUAAAGCAGAUUGAAGGUUUCUAGUUUAUAUUUUAAAAACUUAGAUGGGUACCCAUUCGUGCUCAAUAAAAUAUACUUACAAAUCCUUGUUAAGCAAUAAAAAAUCUUGCAUCUAAUUUUUAACUCUUCCCUAAGAACAUGACCUUCAUUUGCUGAUUUUGAGGCAUCUAUUUAAAUAGUGAAAUUAUUCUACUACAUGCACUCCAUGCUGGAAUUGUAAUUGACUACCAUUAUUCACGUUUAAAAAGUAAAUAAAUGCAUAAUCAAAUAUC